UUAAUAUAAAACAAAUAACAUACAUUUAUAUUAAUUAAAAUUUACAAUAUAUAAUUUUGUUUUUACAUAUUAUAUUUAAAUGUUUCAAAUUAUUAAUUUGGCAAGUGAAAUACGGUUAAUGACGACAAGUCACAGGUUCUACUUGCUUAUGAAUGAUUCUACAUAAUCUAAUAUGGAUAAGAAUCGUUAUCGUCGUAUAUUUAUUUAUUUAUUUAGUUCCCGGUCGAAAAUUUAAAAUGGUCAGAUUGUUUGCUAUAAUAUUUCAAUCAAAAUCGAUGUAACUGAAUAUUAAUAUAUUGAUGUAACUUAAUGACUAAUGAAUAUAAUAUAUAUUAAUUAACAUAGCCAUGGAUCCAACUAACAUACUCAUCCGCUUAGAAAAAAGACUACUUGGUUAUGGUGGUUUCAGAAAAAAUAUAUUUGAUUUAUAUAUAGAAAAACUAGACUGUGCUCCUGAUAGCUUGAAAUUAUGUGAUAUUGGAAAUACAUUUGCCUGUAGAUUUAGUCGAAAUCAAAACAAUUUACACAUCUUAGCAUGUUCAACAGAACAUGGAGAAAUAGUAGUGCAAAAUACUAUUAAACAUUCUGAUUUUCCUUACUCACAAUUUAAGAAAAAUUUAGUGCACGAUAAUGCUAUUUUUAAUUUUGCAUGGGCUGAACCUAAAAUGAAAUUAAUUACAGCAUGUGGUGAUCAAACAUCAAAGUUGUGUAAUUUAGAUCCUUCUGGACACCUUGUUACGGAAAAAGAAUUCUUUUACAAUUCAUCAGUUAAAAGUGUUAUGUUUUGCCCUGGAAGCACAGAUGUCUUUUGUGGUGGAUGUCAAGAUGGCUUUAUCAAAAUUUGGGAUGCUCGUAGGAAUAGUAACAGCAGUGUUUUAAAUUUUGAUCAUCAAAUACCUAAUGCGCACACUGUACCUUGUUUCAUAAGAAAAAAAAAGAAAUCUAGAAAAGCAGUUGGAGUAUCUUGCGUCAUAUUUAAAAACGACCAUACAGUGUUAUCUUGUUCCAGCAUGGAUCCAUAUAUAAAAGUCUGGGAUACACGAAAAAGUUAUCGACAAGUUACAGGAAUUAUAGAACCUGUCCCAUUAUUAAAAUAUUCUCAUGAAAAUAUAUAUGGACUUCUAAACUCAGGUUAUGUAGAUAUGGUAACUAAUCCUUUACUUACUCAUUUAUACGCAAGUGGUAUUGACAAUGUAAUUUAUUGCUAUCCAUUGGAUAGUACUACUAAUACAGAUUUAAUUUGCAAGUAUUCUGGACACGAAGAUGAAACAUGCUACUCCAAAAUUAGUAUAAGUAAUGAUGGCCGAUAUUUAUUUAGUGGUUGCAAAGAGCAAAAUGGUGUUAUAUGGCUUACAGAUUUUCCAUACAUAGAGAAACCCGUAUAUGCUAUAAUGGAUGAUCCAACAGAUUCAAAAGCUGAGUUCAGUAACUCAGACUGGUGUGCUGAUAAUGCUUGUCUUAAGUUUGCUGCAAGCGCUGAUUCAAUGCCCCUAAUUUGGUCAACAUCCAAUUCUCAGUGUAAUAAUAAAUCUUUAUCAAUGAGAUUUACUAAGACAUCAGCACAUAAAUCAAAGUUAUUGUCUUCAAAUAACCGUACUGUUCCUAUUAAACUUUUAGAAUCUAUUAAACUACAAACAGAAGAAGAUAUGAAAGACUGGGAUACUUGGAAUCCGUUACCAAGUGUAAAAGUGUUGGAAAAAACUCCAAAAAAAAUGAAUCCUGUUGCCAAAAAACAAACUCCAACGUCUGGUAAAAAACGUAAACAAAGUCUGGCAUCAUCUCCUAAUAAUUUAAUCGACCAGUAUUUCACUAAAGAAAUGCCACAUAAUAAGCGAAGUAAAUUAGAAGCAAUAUUUGAAAAUGAUAGUUCUAGUGUAUAAACCAACUUGUACAUUUUUUAUGUAUAAAUAUAAAAAAAAAUUUUCUUAAUAGAUAA